CUGCAGGUUGUUUACACUGACAAACAUGGCUUCCAAUCCGUCUCUGGUGAUGCGAAUUUUGUCUGCUUCUGUAGCAGUUUCAAAUCGCGCUAGUAACAUUAUAAGAAAUGUCUUAACUAAAGGAGAUCUUGGAAUUGUUGAAAAGGGUAAAAAUGACCUUCAGACAGAGGCCGACCGCUCUGCCCAAAGAUGUAUUGUGGCUUCCCUACACAAGCAGUUUCCAAAUGUGGCCAUAUUUGGGGAAGAGGAUGAAAUGACACAGAGAACUUUAAGCUUUGUAAACAAACCACAAUAUGGUACUCUCUCCUCCUGUGUCCCCCAUUGGACCCCUCCAAAGAUUCUGGAGCUAUACGACAAAAACCAGAACUUGCAACUGGAUCCUCAAGAGACGAUUCCUAAAGAUUUUAUAGAGUUAAACUUUGAUGAGGAAGUCUUGAAGCACACGUGCCCCGAAUACCUCAAAGAUACCAAAGAUGAAGAUGUUGUGAUUUGGGUAGACCCCUUAGAUGGAACUGCUGAAUUUACACAAGGCUUCCUGGACCAUGUGACAGUGCUGAUUGGUAUAAGUGUCAAAGGGAACGCCGUGGCCGGAGUCGUACAUCAGCCCUGGUUUAACUUCGAGAAGCCUGGAUUACCACUGGGGAGGUGCAUUUGGGGAGUUAUUGGUCUAGGUGCCUUUGGAUUUGAGAGGGAGACGCCCCCUUCCAACAAGGUGAUAGUAACAACCAGCAGAUCUCACUCGGACAGGAUGGUGACAGAGGCAGUGGAGGCCUGUAACCCCGACGAAGUGGUCAGGGUGGGAGGAGCAGGUCACAAGGUUCUUCUACUAAUUGAAGGAAAAGUACAUGCAUAUGUAUUUGCAAGCAAAGGGUGCAAGAAAUGGGACACAUGUGCCCCAGAGGCCAUUUUACAUGCAGUGGGUGGCACGCUGACGGACUUCCAUGGCAUCAGAAUGAAUUACAGUGCAGAUGUUCAACGCAAAAACACGGGAGGAGUUCUUGCCACAGUUGCAGACCAUGGAAAGUUUCUCGGCUGCAUUCCGGAACACAUCCGCGACGCUAUGGAUAAGAGCAGCCCGGCCCCUGAAUUGGAUUUCAAAGGGAUUGUUGUUUGUGGGGGUGCAGAUCUUGAGAAGGCGAAGCAAAAUAACGGCCAAGUAUCAGCUGCAAAGAAUCCUUCUCCUGAAGAGAAUGCAGAAUCAAAGAGCUCAAGUGACAAAGUACCAAACGAUGUCAAUACAAAAUUGUAGGAAAAAUUUAACAAAGAUUAAGUUACCUAUAUUGUAUUUGUUUAUGCAAGUUUUGAAGAAGACAAAGUGAAAUAUAGCAAGUUAUUUUAGAAGCUUUUCUGUUUGUUUGUUGGACUAUUUAGAAAAUGUUGCAAUGUUUGGUUGAAUGGGUGCAAUGUAAUGCUAGAUAAAUACAUUCCUCAUAUAUUAUUAAUAUAUUACAUGUAAAGUCAUUUUAAUGUACCAGUGCAUGUAUUAUAUACAUUAUAUGUAUCACUGUAUGAAUGUGUCAGUACUGAAAGUUUCUUAGAGCAAUACCAACAUUAAUACAUUUGUUUGUUUAUUUACUUAUAGAUUGUUUGCUUCAUCAUUUUUCUUUUCAGCUUCUGUAAUCAAAAUGAAUGUCACAUUGAAUUAUAUACAGGUACCGGGUAUUAGAUAAUGUACUUGACAAUCUUGUGAUGCAUUAAAUGUUUGUUGGUUUCAUACAUGUACAUGACAUUUUGAACAGAAUAUACUUUCUUCAGCAAAAAUUUGAGAAUGGGUAUUAUACAUGACAUGUGUGUUUAAAAUUUUGUGAUAACCCAAGCUUAUUUACAGGUAGAUCCAUACAACCAUUUGUACAAGCUCUUGCUUUAUUAAUUUUGGAAGAACUUUUGAUAUCAGUGAUUAUAAAGAAUAUGUAAAAGAAAAUAUAUAAAAUGUAUUAAGGUAAUGUAUUUAUGUAUUAUGACUAGAACAAACCCUUGUUGAAUACAGUUCUUUAUAGUAAUUAAGUCAGGACACCUACAUGUACCACUUGACCACUUGAACAGUUUGAUACAGGUACAUUCAUGUGCAUGAUUUAGUAAAGAACAUCAGUGCAAUAGAACAAGUUGUCAGAAAUGUUUAUAUUUAUAUUUAUUAUAAAUACAGUAGAUAAUCGGAGAACAUAGCUGAAUGAUAAAAAUCACUGUUUUUUAAUCUAAUUACAGGUACGAAAUUGUGAUUCAUGAAGAAAUAUGAUAUUUUUAAAUAUCAGGGGUAGUUUUUUGUUUCUUUGCAUUGUUUUGUCUACACAUGUAACCCUUGCCCAGAUGGAUUAUAAGUCAUCAUUUUCAGAUAAAUUUUGUUCAAUUUUCUGAACAGCAGCGUCUAGAAUUUGUGGUGGUUUUUUAAGGGGUCAAAAAAAAAACCUACCGAACAUUUUCAUUCUACCAGUAAGUGAUAGGGCAAUGCAUUUCCAUAGGUACAAGGUUAUUGUUUCAUGAAUUCUGAAUCCAUUGGCUGCUCCUGUUUUAAUUCUAUUGGCUCUGUGACUAGAAGCAGGCAGCUGGUAUAGUUUCCGAUUCCUGUCAAUCUUUUUUGUGUAGACAUUUUUUUAAUGUACUUCAUGAAAUUUUCUUUAUCAAUUUUCAUACAUUGACAUAGGUACGUGCAUAUUUACUGUGGUAUACCUAUGUCUGUAUUUGUCAGUCAUAUUUGUCUUGUCUGUAGAACUACAUAUCUGUGUCAAAACAGCUAGGUUAAAAUUAUUUUCAAUUUAGUGCCAUCAAAUAUGUGUAGAUUCGGUGACCUUAGUUGCUAUUCGAGGUAACGGUAUUUUAUAUGCAUGCACUGUGUAAUUUCAUUUAAUUUCCUUCUAUAGAUUAUAUAUUACUUUUCUUAGACACUAACAUUUUACAUUUGUAAAACUGUAAUUCAUGUAACAUGUAAAUUUUGAUGAUAUUUCCAUUGUAAACAUCUAGAUUAAUACGCCUUAUUUAUAUAUAAUGCAAUGUUCAAUGAAGAUGACACCAAAUAACUAAAUCUAUGAAUGGAUUAUUUUCCAAAGGUAUUUGAACACACACAAAAAUUGAUCCUGAAUUGCAAGAGUAACCACAUAAAUUUUUAAUAUUUUGCACCCCCACCCCCCCACCCCCCCC